AAUGCUAAUGAGCUCCUAUAAAUAGAGGAGCGCACCCCUCAUUCCCAACACAACUGACUCGCUCUCCUCAGAGAAACCUCUCUCCAUCUGAAAGAAUGGCUCCAUCCUACAUGACUGACUUCUCUAAACUCUCCAACAAGGAAAAGCAUAAAUUGAGAAAACCAGUGGUGGAAAAGAUGCGCCGAGAUCGCAUCAACAACUGCAUCGAGCAGCUCAAAUCCAUGCUGGAGAAGGAGAUCCACCAGCAGGAUCCAAACACCAAGCUGGAGAAAGCCGACAUCCUGGAGAUGACGGUGGUUUUUCUGAAACAGCAGCUGCAGCCCAAGACCUCGGCUCCACAGAAAGCCCACUUUGAUGGCUAUUCUCAGUGUUGGAGGGAGACCAUGAGCUUCUUAUCUGGAGACAACAAGGUUGAUGCUGUACGUCAGCAUCUGAACCGCUGCCAAGAAGCCCAGAGAUCAUCCCAAGACCUCACUCACGUGUCUCCAGCUUCCCAUCAGCCCACCAAGGUGAAGCAGGAACCGUGUGCUCACAGACCUCUCUGGAGACCCUGGUAGACAAUGAAAGACUUCCACAGAAAAACUAGAUGGUGGUUUUACCAUCUCUUGUGUUGUAGGAGAUGCUUCCUUUUCUAAACUGGACACCUCAGCAUUGGCUGCCCAUUGCUCCAGCUGUGUGUGUGUGUUCACGGUGUGUGUGUGCACUUUGACGGGUUAAGUGCAGAGCACGAAUUUCGAGUAGGGGACACCUUACUUGGCCAGAAGUUUUAAGUGACACAUCUACUUCUAGUUUAUGGAUGGGAAUGAGUUUCACAAUGUGAAAGUCUAAUUCUCUACAGGUGAUUACAUUAUAAUAUUAUAUAAUAAUAAUAAUAAUAAUAUUAUAUUAUUAUUGGAACACCUCUAUAGUUUUCCUCAUGGAUGGACAGAAACUUUGCAUUGAAGAGUCAAUGAAUAUAUGUUUAACUCCUGUGGAGUAAAAUACAAAGUAAAUAUUUGCAAUGUUUGAUAUGCAAAUGUUAUAGUUUCUUCUUAUGCAAGAUGUACAUUUUCACUUUUUUCCCCUAAUAUAUAGUGACAUACUGUAUGUUAAUUGUGCAAACAUAGUCACAUACAAAUAAACACUUUUUGAAUAAUCAA